AUGGCAGCCAAGGUCAUACCCGUAGACAAGAACUGGGAGUUCAGACAGGCCGACAAGGACAAUGACAAGUUCCUGCCCGUCUCCCAAUUCCCGACCAACGUCCACCUUGACCUCAUGCACCAUGGCCUCAUCCCAGACCCUUACAUCGGCAAGAACGAGCUCGAAGUCCAGUGGAUAGGAGAGAAGCAGUGGGUUUACAGGACUUCCUUCACAGCCCCAGCAGUCGAGAAGGGCAGCAAGGCCGUCCUGGCCUUUGACGGCUUGGACACGUUCGCCACGGUCGCUCUCAAUGGCACCACCAUCCUGGAGUCAGACAACAUGUUCACGCCUGAACGCGUCGAUAUCACCUCCACCGCCAAGGAGGGUGACAACCAGCUGGUCAUCACUUUCGACAGUGCCUACCUGAGGGGCUGGAAGGAGGUCGAGAAGUACCCAGACCACAAAUGGGGCUGCUGGAACGGCGACAGUUCGAGACUGGCCGUGCGGAAGGCGCAAUAUGAGUUCGGCUGGGACUGGGGCCCAGUCCUCAACACCUGCGGGCCCUGGAGGCCGGUCAACCUCGAGAUUUACGAGUCUCGUGUCUCGGAUCUGUACUUUGAUACCACCGUCGAGAAGGACCUAGAGACCGCAACCGUCGUCGCGCAUGCCGACGUUGAGGGACCAGCCAACAAGAUCCGCUUCGACGUCUCGCUGGACGGCAAGAGCGUGGCAUCAGAGACGAUCAAGGGAGGCGCUGACCUCCAAGCAACCUUCCGCAUCAGCAGCCCUUCACUGUGGUACCCUGUCCGGUACGGCAAGCAGCCUCUGUACACCGUCAAGGCCACGCUGCUCAGCGAUGGUGAUGACGAGAUCGACAGCGUCACCAAGAAAAUUGGCCUCCGCCGAGCCGAGCUCAUCCAGCGCGCCCUGAAAGAACAGCCUGGCACCUCGUUCUUCUUCGAGGUCAACAACAUUCCCAUCUACUGCGGCGGGAGCGAUUGGAUCCCGGCCGACAACUUCCUGCCACGCAUCUCCCGUCAACGAUACUAUGAAUGGGUCAAGCUCGUCGCCGACGGCAACCAAUUCAUGAUCCGCGUCUGGGGUGGUGGUAUCUAUGAAGAGCAGGCAUUCUAUGACGCGUGCGAUGAGUAUGGCAUUCUCGUCUGGCAGGACUUCAUGUUUGGCUGUGGCAACUACCCAGCUCACCCCUCCAUCCUCAAGUCAAUUAAGCGCGAGGCCGAGGAGAACAUCAAGCUCCUUCGACACCACCCUUCCAUAGUCAUCUGGGCCGGCAACAACGAGGACUACCAGUACCAAGAGUCAGAGAACCUCACGUACGAUUUCGAGAACAAGGAUGCCGAGUCCUGGCUGAAGACCGACUUCCCCGCCCGAUACAUCUACGAGAAGAUCCUGGCCGAUGCUUGCUCCGAGCUCAUUCCCAACACGUACUACCACUUCGGUAGCCCCUGGGGCGCAGGCAAGCCUACUUCAGACCCAACAGUGGGCGACCUACAUCAGUGGAACGUCUGGCACGGGUCUCAAGAGAAAUAUCAAGACUUCGACAAGCUUGUCGGGCGGUUCGUCUCCGAGUUUGGUAUGGAAGCCUUCCCCAACCUCAAGACCAUCGACGCCUACCUGCCCAAGGGCAAGGACGAUCCAGACCGGUACCCACAGUCCAGCACCGUCGACUUCCACAACAAGGCCGACGGCCACGAGCGCCGCAUAGCCCUGUAUCUCGUCGAGAACUUCCGCUAUGCGCCAGACCCAAUAGAGCAGUUCAUCUACUGCACGCAGCUUAUGCAGGCCGAGUGCCUAGCAUCUGCGUACCGGUUGUGGAAGCGCCAGUGGAAGGGCCCCGGGCGCGAAUACUGCGGCGGGGCCCUCGUCUGGCAGAUCAACGACUGCUGGCCUGUCACCUCGUGGGCCAUCGUGGACUACUACCUGCGCCCCAAGCACGCCUACUACACCGUCAAGCGUGAGAUGGCUCCUCUGAGCAUCGGCAUAACGCGCCGCGAGCACAAGCACCCUAAGGACAAGUACACACGAGUCGACGUCGAGACCAAGAUCGUCAUCGAGGUCUGGGGCAGCAACCUGACACUUGAGGACGUCACCGUCGACACCGUACUUAAGGCGUGGGAUGUCGAGACAGGCAAGGAGACGUACAGCGAAACGGUCAAGAAGGAUAUCGUACUGCCCGAGAACAGGUCGACCGAGAUUCUGGCCGUCGAAGUCCCUGUCAAAACCGCAGGCAAGGGCGAGGAGGCUCGCACCGUAGUCGCCGCGUACACGAUCUGCAAGAAGACUGGCAAGCAGCUGGCAAGAUAUGUCAAUUGGCCUGAGCCGCUCAAGUACCUGCACCUGCAGAAGCCAAAGGAGCUCAAGGCUGUGCUGAAUAAGGACGGCACGGCUGUCGAGGUCAGCGCCGAGGUCCCGAUCAAGGGUCUGGCGGUGGAAUGCGACGAUGACGGCGUCAAGUUCGAUGACAACCUCGUGGACAUAGUGCCUGGCGAGGUUGUCAGCAUUGGGGUCAAGGGCGCCACUAAAGACACUGUUUUUGAGACACGGUACCUUGGCAUGAUUUAG